AUGCAGGCUAUGGCGUUCAGGGUCUACGUCUACGAUGAAAGACUUUCAAGGCGAGAGUGGGAACACAUACUACAGAUUCUGAGUCCAAUGGACCAGAAGGGCCUCGAGAAAUGGGGUGAGGUUGGUCGGGGUUCUGCUUUCGAAACCUCCGCCAACAUUGGCAGCGACGACAAAGUGAGCGGCAGUACAGGCUUAAAUGGCACUGGCAGCGAGUCAUAUGACGCCAUAUUUGACCUAAUGCCGUCGACAUUUGGGGAAUCCGGUUCUUUCGGGGAUCUGCCAGGCGGAACGGUUGUACUGCGCCGGCGAGGCCGUCGACCAGGCCAGAUGGAGCGAAGGGUUCAUGUCACCUGGACGGAGGUGGUGGUGAGAAUUCAGGACGAAAACGACAAUGAUCCUGUGAUCAAGUGGCCAAACGCUACCAGCCAUUUGAUCACGUUGCAACCAAACUUCCUGCCAGGACAGGCUCUGGGACAGGUCAGUCAUAAAUUAUCUUCUGCAAUUCAAUGUCCUUUAGGCAUGCAUACAACGUCCUUGUACGUUCUUAUACGCAUACAUGAGAACACAUAA